AUGAUUCUCGAGGCUCCUCCUCCGCGACGCCACAUCUCCGGCGCGCCCAUCUCCCUCAGCGACGCAUCCGGCAUCCUCGAAAAGUACCUCUCAAAUUCCGAAACUCACCCACACCUUCACCCCGAUGCGACCAUCACACCAGAAGGCGUCGCAUUCAAUGCGCAAGGCGGUGCCAUGGGCAAUCCAAUCAUGCACCACUUACGCCGUGUAGCAGCGGGUUUGCGCGGCGAAUACCAAGAGCCAGAGCGAGCGCUAGACAUGGAAGAGGACCAGCAGGAUUUCACUGCCGAUGUCACUGUCAGUGGUGGAAAGGGCAAGACAGGCAAGAAAGCGGCGGGUGCCGACGAUGAUUGGCAAGAUCUAGCUUCAUACCAAGCGGAGCAAGGCGAUAUCGAAAUCGGCGAGAUCGGCGACAGGACGAAUGUUGUACAAGAGGGUGGUGAAGAGCCCCAAGUACAGUCUCCCAAGAACAAGGACAGGAAGAAGAGGAAGAACGAGCAGGCAGAGGAGCCGGUCGUAGCGGAUGGUCAGAUAGACAAGGAGGCGCGGAAGAAGGCGAAGAAAGAGCGAGAUUAG